AACCCUUCCGGAGAGACAGCAGGACGGACACGAGCCUGGGUUUUACUCGGAACCGGCAGAAAGGCUGGCUAUAGACGUGAUUCCGCAGAGCUGUUUGUGUGGUUAUUAUUGACGCGGCGCGGCGGCGCAUCUGGCUCAGAGACAGAAGACAGGAGGAGAAGAGAAAGAGAAAGAGACAGCCUUUGGCAACUCACCCUUCCCUUCCCACCGCCGUUUCUCCUGCUCCCGGCACCAGGAAGCCUCCCAUCCAACGCGAGGAUUGCCUGAAAAACACCAGAGACGAUUUGAUCCACAAAGAAAACCAAAAAAACUUUUCUCCGUCACUAAGCUGAAACAAAUGAGCACCUGCAACUCCAGAAAAUAUUUCAAUAAUUCUAAUCCUAACUGAGGAAGUUUCGAGCUUACCUGUUUAAAGAAGAAUAAAAAUAAAAAAGAAACCAACAAAAACAACUUUAUUCCGGUCCAUUUGGUGUGGAGAAGAUUUUGCGUCUCUUGGUUUCGGAGGAGGAUGACGGAACGCUGCGUUUUGGAGACGCGUCUGAUUUGCUGCGAGUCGUCGGAGUGAAAUAGCUCCUAUCGGCUCAGGUAAAGAGGAAGAGGAAGGGAAAAAAAAGGAAAACUGAGAAAAGUAGGAGCAGCGGCCACCGCGGUGUUUGGAGCGCAGUGUGCGCUCCUGGAGCAGCCCGAUCCCGCCACCUCCUCCUCCUCCUCCUGCUUUCUCCUCAUGUACAUUAUUACAACAAGGGAGACCCAAUCAAGCACGUAUCUCAUCGAUUGGGGCGCACACACAUACACACACACAUACACACACCAGCACGCUGCGUGUGCGUGAGUCCACGUGCACGCGCAUCCAUUCACCCCCCCAGAGUGAAUGACUUUAACCCUCAGCGGAUUUUUUUCCAAAGCGCUCCCGGAGCAAAAUAACGAGGAUCAGCAGCAGCAGCGCCGGGCAGGACCAGCCUCGACCUCACCUCCUCCUCACCUUCCUCCUCCUCCUCCUCACCUUCCUCCUCCUCCUCCUCCCGAGCCCUCCGCCGUGGGGACAGAGAAUUAACAAACUGAAAAAAGCUGCAUGUCUUUUUUUUUCAUGACCGACAUGCCAAACGCGCAAGGAUGAGAUGCUCUCGGGCAUGUUUUGGGUCUGAAGUCAGAGCGAUUUACCGGGAGGAAAACGGAAUAUAGCGAGACUGGGAAACCAAAAAACGUUAAACUUGCCUGUUGCAGCCUCCCACACAAAGUCGCCUCGAGGAUCACAAGAAGACGCCGAGCUCUUUUCAUCCUUGCCUGCUUUUGAUUUUUUUUUUUUUGUUGGUGUUUCCGCCGCGGAGCUCCAGCAGCGUUCCCCGCUCCUCCCGUCAUCCGAGUCGGUUGGAGGCGAGAGAGAAGAGAGACCCGCGGAGAGCAGCGCUGGUCCCCCCUACCCCCGAUCCUACCUUCUGCUGGCUCUUUCUCUGAUUUUUAUUUAUUUAUUUAUUUAUUUUUCCCCGUAAACUGAACACCCACCCCUCCUUUUACGCACUCCCACUCCCCCGAUCUUAUGUGGGAGCCCUGAGCGCGCACCCGGGAGGAGGAGGAGGGGGGGAAAGCGUGCACCAGAGAUCCCCCACGCAGCUCGAGGAUCACCGUGGCCAGAGCCGAGCCUCCUGCCGGGGCCAGAGCUCUCCCUGCCGGGGCCACACAGCCGACAUGCCGCGGAGGAAGCAGCAGGCGCCGCGGCGCGCCGCAGCAUAUGUCCCUGAGGAUGAAAAGGAAGCAGCCCUGUUGGAUGAGGACCUGGAUGGAGAAGACUCAGCUCAGGAAGGGGAAGAGCCUGUUGCCAAGCUCCUAUGCCAGGACAAGGAUUUCCUUCUCAAGGACAGGCCAGGAUCUACUGGCAUCCAUGACUCCCCAAAUCCUGCAUAUUUUUCUAGUCAGGAAAUGGACAGUGAUUCUCACCUGAGUGAGUCCAGUGACAGAAUGUCCGAUUUUGACAGCUCCUCUGUUAAAAAUGAGGAUGAUAUCCUCCUUACUAAAGACCCGUCAAAUGCACUGUCCCCGACCUCUUCCUCUGCAAUGAUUGCCGUGGCCAAUGCCGCUGCAUCAGUAAGUGCAGAUGAGGCCAUAUUAGCUGCAACAGGUUCUGUGGCUGAUAGCCUUGAGAAGAUGAAGGCCAUUUACACCUCCUUCCUGACCAAUUCCUACUGGUCUGCACUGAAUAUGAACAUGAGUCAGCCACCAGCAGCAGAAAAACCCCCUCGCAGUCAUAGCAGCAGCAGUAGUAGCAGCAGUAGCAGUAGCUGUGGAAGUGGCGGUUAUGAUUGGCAUCAGACAGCUAUAGCUAAAACACUCCAGCAGGCUUCACAUAACCACCAAAAUAGAAUGACCAUGGUUCAGCAUCCCUCAAUAAAUGUGUCAACAGCGUGUACAGAGCCCAAUCUCUUCAGUACUGUCCAGCUUUACCGACAGAGUUCCAAGCUGUAUGGCUCUAUAUUCACUGGUGCCAGCAAAUUCCGUUGUAAAGACUGUAGCGCAGCUUAUGAUACUCUUGUGGAGCUGACAGUGCACAUGAAUAAGACAGGCCACUACCGUGAUGAUAACCAUGAGACAGAUAGUGAGGGCACUAAACGAUGGUCAAAACCUAGAAAACGUUCCUUACUAGAGAUGGAGGGGAAAGAGGACGCACAGAAAGUUCUUAAGUGCAUGUACUGUGGACACUCAUUUGAGUCCCUUCAGGACCUAAGUGUCCACAUGAUCAAGACAAAACACUACCAGAAAGUGCCUCUGAAAGAACCUGUUACACCAGUGGCAGCUAAGAUUAUCUCCUCAGCUCGAAAAAGAACACCAAUUGACUUAGACAUCCCAAGCUCACCUGACUCUAAUGGAGGAACUACUCCUAAGCCCACCUCCCUCAAUGACACUAAUGACUUACUCCAAAAGGUAACCAACCCCUACAUUACACCUAACAACCGCUAUGGACACCAAAAUGGUGCCAGCUAUGCUUGGCAGUUUGAGUCCAGGAAGUCACAGAUUCUCAAAUGCAUGGAGUGUGGCAGUUCUCAUGACACACUUCAAGAGCUAACUGCUCACAUGAUGGUGACAGGACACUUCAUUAAAGUUACCAACUCUGCCAUAAAGAAAGGCAAACCAAUAAUGGAGUCACCGACACAAGUCCCUACAGCCGCUUUAGCCGUUGAAGAAAAGGUGCAGUCUGUUCCAUUGGCUGCUACAGCUUUCUCCCCACCACCUGGCCCAGUGCCUCCUCCAACCAGCAUGUCACCAACUGCAAUGGUUAUAGAAAUAAAAAAGGAAGAGAAGGAAGAGGAAUGCACUAAAGAGGGAAUUAUCAACAACAUCAAUAAUCUCAUCAAAGACAAGAGGGCAGAUGUGGAAGAGGAGACUGAGGAAAAGUAUGAUAUUUCAUCAAAAUACUCUUAUCUGACUGAAGAGGAUCUGGAUGAAAGUCCAAAGGGGGGUCAUGAUAUUCUCAAGUCCUUGGAGAACACGGUGACCUCAGCCAUCAAUAAAGCCCAGAAUGGAGCUCCAAGCUGGGGUGGAUAUCCCAGUAUCCAUGCUGCCUACCAGCUCCCUAACAUAAUGAAGCUCUCUCUUGGGAACUCCGGAAAGAGCUCUCCCCUUAAAUAUAUGUUCCCUGGAGGGGAGAUUCUCUCUCCCACUGGUAAGAACCAACCACUGAUCUCGCCUCCAAGCCGCCAGACAUCUCCACUGCCUAAAAACAACUUCCAUGCAAUGGAAGAACUAGUGAAAAAAGUCACAGAGAAAGUGGCAAAGGUAGAGGAGAAAAUGAGAGAGCCUGGCUCUGCUGUGAAGGAUUCGCCGCUGAGACGCACCACUCCGUCGCCUUCAAAUAGCGAGACAGAGGAUCCAGCCCAUGAAGAGUCACAUAAAGAAAGUAGAGCGGGAGACUGUAAAACUCCUGAUAAUACAAGUGGAGGGAAAAAAGUAGCAGGAGAUGGAAACGCAACCAAUCACAGAGACUCAAAUGGUAUUUCCAUGAAGGACACUGUGGAGAAUGGAGUGGAGCCCACGUCUGUGACAUCCCCCCUGCCUGCCUCUCUGUUAGGCAGUACAGCCAUCAUCACAGACCAUCCACCUCCAGAGCAGCCAUUUGUCAACCCUCUGAGUGCACUGCAGUCAGUAAUGAAUGUCCACCUAGGAAAGGCUGCCAAGCCUGCGUUGCCCUCGCUUGACCCAAUGAGCAUGUUAUUCAAGAUGAGCAACAGUCUGGCAGAGAAAGCAGCAGUGGCUUCUUCCACCGCACCAGCACACACCAAAAAGACCAAUAGUGAUCACUUAGAAAGAUACUUCUACCAGCCACAUGUAAGCAAUGACCAGCCAAUAGAUCUCACCAAAGGAAAGAAUGCUGAGAAGAACAGCAAUGGUGGCUCCUUUAGUACAGCGGCUCUCUCUUCGACCACUUCCACUCCAUCAAUUUCUCCAUCCGCUUCUAUCACAAUGACAAAAGCCUCAGCUGCAGUAGCUUCCUUUAUGUCCUCUUCGCCUUUGAGAGAAAAUGCCCUCUCAGAUAUUUCUGACAUGCUGAGGAACCUGACAGAAAGUCAGGGUUUGUCUAAGUCCUCUACGCCUACCAGCCAGUCUGAGCGCUCCGAUAUUGAAGGUGCGACACAGGAAGAGACAGAAGAUAUUUCACCUGCCCAAAAACGCAAAGGUCGCCAGUCCAACUGGAACCCUCAACACCUCCUCAUACUACAAGCACAGUUUGCUUCCAGUUUAAGACAAACAAAUGAUGGCAAAUACAUGAUGUCUGAUCUGAGCCCACAGGAGAGAAUGCACAUUUCCCGUUUCACGGGUCUGUCAAUGACUACAAUAUCCCAUUGGCUGGCUAAUGUCAAAUACCAGUUGAGAAGAACCGGUGGCACCAAGUUCUUGAAGAACUUGGACUCAGGUCACCCAGUGUUUUUCUGCAGUGACUGUGCUUCUCAGAUUCGAUCUCCAUCCACCUACGUUAGCCAUCUUGAAUCCCACUUAGGCUUUCGUCUAAGAGACCUGGCCAAGCUCUCUGGGGAGCAGCUGCUUAGCCAGUUAUCACAGCAACAUCAUCACCAACGUCACACUAAAGGACUACCUGAAAAAUUGUUCUCUACUCUUCACCCAUCCAGCCACCCUUUACCCUCUUCCCUGCCAACAUCCGUACCCUCUUCCCUGCCCAUCUCCCUGUCUUCAUCCUUAACCACCUCAACUGAACCCCCGUCACCUUCUCCCGAUGAAGAUGACGGUGGGGCCACCUACCAGUGCAAGCUCUGCAACCGGACUUUUGCGAGUAAGCAUGCGGUGAAGCUUCACCUGAGCAAGACUCAUGGAAAAUCUCCUGAGGACCAUCUCAUGUAUGUCUGUGAGCUGGAGAAACAGUAGCACUAGCUGGGGACAAUGUGGCACUUUUUCACUAUGGCUCAAUCUUUCUUGCUCUGUCUCUCUUUCGCCUUUCACAGACAUUAAAAUGAAAGAAAGGAUUAUAAAAAGUGAUGGAACUGCACAAUGAUGCCAUAAAACUACUGCUAUGAGUGUCGGCACAUGGUUUUUCAUUUUUGUGUAGUAGCAGUUUUGUUUUUCUUUUUUUAAAUUUUGUUUAUGUGUGUGGUAGAGUCACUCUGGCCAACUCACUUGAUUCCAGUGAUCUCCUUUGACAGGAAUAGGCAGUGUUUUUCUAAAGGGGCAAAUUGAGACUGUUGCUACUGAGAAGAUACAGAACAUAAAGGUUUAAAAGAAAUUAUAAAAUUAUGUGGUGAGUAUUUUUCUUGUAAAAGGAAUUGCGUUCUUUUAUAUUCUGGCAUCGCUGAGGUGUGAUAAGCUGCAUGCAUAAAUAAAACAGUUUAGUUAAACAUUUUAUAAUUAAAUCUGGUGCACUUUCCAUGGUUUACUUUUUUCUUCUGAUUGCUCUGGUCUUUUAUUUUUUUUCUAUAAAAAUUUGAUGCUGGAGUCAGCAUUUAAAAUUUAACCCUCUGAGUACGUUAAAGCAUUUCAUGCACCUGAAAACCCAACAGCAAUGAUGUUCUUGACACAUUGAUUUAAGAUUGGGAACUUUUGAAGCUAUUCUGAGAACUAAGUGCAUUACAUCUGCAACGCUUCUUUCCAAGACAUUUAAUCUGUUGACUCGAAUCAUAGACAUGAAACACAUUAAGAGAGAAAUUGUCCAUUCAUACAGGAUUUUCAUCUUGAACAUAUUUGUGGAAUAUUCAAAGGUUUUGAGUUAGGCAUUGUAUUUGGUAGAAAAGAACAAAAUAUUUUACCUUGGUUGAUCAGGGACCUAUAUUAAUUCAGGUCUAGUGUAAAAUAUGUAUAUAAAACAUAUUAAUUAAUUCCUGUCUAAAUUAUGCAUCAUUUCUAUAUUUUUAAUUUAAAAAUAUUACGAUUAUCUGCUGGUGCACAGUAUAUAAAAACGUAAAUAAACAUUUUUUGCACAAUAGUUUUGUAAAUGUGUAAUGUAAUCAAGAGAUACAAAAAAAGAAAAAGAGGAGAUAUCAAAAGAACAGCAAAUCUUUUCAUUCCCAACUCGUGCUCAAAGGGUUAAAGACUGUUUUGUUUUAUCAGAAAUACAUGUGGCCCUGUAUGAACACUAAAUAGAUAUUAAAGGUUGUACAAAAAGAUGUUACUUUAUGAAGAUAUUUCAUGUGUAAACUGUUAUUUAUAAGCACUCUUAGUUGUUUCAUAUUGUUGAAUGCCUUUUUGAUUGGUCCCAAUUUUUUUGAUUUUCUUUCUCUCUUUUUUUUGUUCUAUCUAAUUACUCUGCCAUGAUUCCACAUUGCAGCUUUAUCUUUUUGGGAUAUGAAAGGUAACCAUGGUUACACUAACCUCUUGAGUGACAAGCUCUACUACAUUUUUGGCAGUUAAUUUGCUGAAGUAACUGACAUCUGCCAUUGUAGAGAAAUAAUGAAAAAAAAAUAAAAAUAAUAAUAAUUAUGUAAAAUACCGGCAUGUAAACAGCACAGAUAAUGUUAUGCAUUCUGUGCUGUUAGUGUUCUUUCAUUUUUUUUUUUCUUGGUUUUCUGUUGUUGUUCUUGACAAUGAAUACCCAUUAUAUGACUUCGUAUAACCUUGUUUUCUACUGCAGCAUUAAAAAAAAAAGGAA